GAACCCCGCCAUAAUUUGGCCGCGACGCUGAAGCGCGACGAGGGAUGGAUCGCAGAAGGCAGAUGCUGAUACCACGACAGCCACAAGCUCGCUUUGACCUUUAUUGCAACGAAGAUGUCGUUGUUUGGUGGUAGCGCCGCGCCAUCUCGCUCCUCUUACGUAUCUGAUGCCUCGUCGUCACCUCCUUCUUCUCCUUCUGCACGCUCAUCGCCGUCAGUUGAGGAGGUCUUAGACCCGCGCAACGCGCAAGAAGCACCAAAUCUCCAUGUGCCGAUAUCACUCGACAUAGACGAUGACCUAGACACCGAUAGCGGGUCCGCACGGGACGAACCCGACGAGGAGGAAGAGGAAGAAGAAGAAGAAGACGACGACGACGACGACGAACCGGUGCGCCCGAACCGCUUUCUCGGCCAACCCCAAGCAUGGCAGAGCCUCACCGAGGCCGAUCGCCAGGUAGCAGAUUCGCUCGCUCAGAUCCAAGACACAGAUCUUGCGGCACAUCUGUACAACGCCCAUGCGCUCAAGCGGCGGUUACGACGACCCGAGGAAGCCACGGCGCAGCUCGAAAACUGGCAGAGUAGGGACAACUGGCUGAAUGCUGGCAAAGACCUCGAAUACAAGGAUGCGGCAGGCUUCGUGCAGACGGCAAUGGUGCCUUCCAAAGAGUGGACGGCAUGGCCACUGCCCCCAGCAUCACUCUUGGACUCCGACGACGAGCUGGGCGAUAGCAUGGCGGGCGGUCAGACCGUCGAAUGGCCUUCUGCAGGCACAGGCACAGGCAUAGGCACACAAGAUGUAGGAGAUGAGCUCCGAGACGAACUUCAAGCUGUAUUUUUACGACUGGCCAAAGAGAGAUGGAACUCCCGGGAAGCGGCCUCGUCUGAAUCCGACGCCGGCGACUACACAACAGCUUCACGCAGCGAGUCACGAUCUCAAAGCCCCAGUCGCGCGCAGUCGCGCUCUACGUCCAUGGCUCCAUUUCCACCGGAAGAUGAAGACGAAGCACACGACGAUAGCGACGACGAUGAACGCCAUCAUGCGACUGGAAAGAAACGUGGCAGGAAACCUCGUAACGAGAGACUCACCGAGCCGACUUUGCUAGCCGACGACGCGAGAACACAGCGGCUUCUACAGCCAACGAUCCAGGCCAUGAUGGGAAAGCUAGACGAGCUUGCACUGGCUAUCCGCCGAACUCGUGCCAACCAUUUCGGUCGCGGCGGGUCGGCAGAUUCCUCCAUGAGUGACUUCACAUCAGGUGCAGAGUCGAGUGCGCCGGAGUCAAGGUCUACAUCACGAGCCCGAUCGAAGGGUGGAACAAGUCGCGGAUCAAGCACCCGACCUCCUUCGCGUGCAAGAUCGGCGCGAGCUGCUCACACAGCACAACCAGGAACAAAGACUGCCAAAGAUGGAAGAAGGCCUCCCGAUAGUGAUGCUACCUCAAGUGGAGCAUCUGACUGGGAGGCGUCCAACAACAUAACCCGCGAACGAAAACGUCGCAGAUCCUCAAGCAGCAUCGGUGGUAGCGAUGCUUCAGAAACACAAGAACUGCAGCUGAGGGAAGGCCUUAUGGAUUGGAGUGAAGUGCUUGGGUUAGCUGCUGUACAGGGUUGGGACAGAGAAGCUAUUGCACGUACGGCUCAGCGUUGCGCAGCUCUGUUUGGUGAGAGCAUGUCAUUUAUGCACUUCCACGAGACUCUUGCUUUGAAGCCUGCUUCCGAGCCUGUGUUCUACACACCUUCAGCUAUACCGCCGCCGGCCGUCUCCUUAAUCCCGCAGCCUCCAACACCUAAGCGACCCUUCUUCCAGAUCGGCACAUUGCGUUGUCCGCAUGUAGAUUGUUAUGGGCACGAAAAAGACUUUGCUCUACCUUAUCGCGUGGUCGAGCACUGCAUGCGAGUCCACGGCUAUGACCCUAGAACCAACGAUUCUGACAACGAAGAGCGGACGUUUGGUGGUGUGCACAUCGAUGGGUUCCUACAGCCUGUCACGGCGAAGCCAGGAUGGUUAGGGAAUGGGCGGGCAAAGGCUGGUAGGGCGAACAAGAUGCAAAAGAAGGGACAAGGUCGUAGUCGGGCUACAUCAGAAGCUAUAAUGAGCACUGGAGAAUGAUUCAUGGCCUUGCGCUGGACAUGUCCGAUAUAGCAACACGACAACACAUUCGGUAUGAAGCACCUGUUCUGAAAUGAUCCGACCAACAUGCCUACUAUGCUACCAGCAUCUCUUCUGUGCAAACGUCUGACGUAUCGGACGUUCCGCUCCACAUGUUCAGGCGGGACCCCACAUUAGCUUGCGCUAGCGCGAUAGCCAACGCGAUUUGUCGCGUUGGCUGGAGCGCGACCACCUCUUUCAUAAUCGCUCCCGCACCCCGCAUCGCGGCUGCAUCUAUCGAGCUCGUCCCUAUUGGCCAUAUCCAUCGAUAAUACAUGAUUAUAUCAGUCAAUUUAUGUUCUCUAUGGGCUUUAGUGAGAGGUGACCUUGCAUCGUGAGUUGAUACCAUGGCGCAUUCGAUCCCUCUUAUCACCUCGCCGUGCCCACGCAGUA